AUGCCCUCGCUCGAGAGUCCGACAAAGAGUGAUGCGAGGUUGCUGCUCGUCUCCAAUCGAUUGCCCAUCACCAUCAAGCGGUCGGAUGACGGCAAAUAUGACUUUUCCAUGUCCUCUGGUGGUCUGGUGAGUGGGCUGAGCGGACUGUCCAAAUCGACAACCUUUCAAUGGUACGGAUGGCCUGGCCUGGAGGUGCCCGAAGAGGAGAUCCCCCAUGUGAAGAAGCGUCUGCUGGACGAGUACGGAGCCAUCCCCGUAUUUAUCGAUGAUGAACUGGCCGACCGGCACUACAAUGGUUUCUCUAACUCGAUCCUGUGGCCGCUAUUUCACUACCAUCCCGGUGAAAUCACCUUCGACGAGUCCGCCUGGGAGGCCUACAAGGAAGCAAAUCGGUUGUUCGCCAAGGCAGUGGCCUCGGAAGUUCGCGACGGAGACUUGAUCUGGGUGCAUGAUUACCAUCUGAUGCUUCUGCCGGAGAUGCUCCGCGAGGAGAUCGGGAAUAGCAAAGAGAACGUCAAGAUCGGCUUCUUCUUGCACACUCCGUUCCCCUCCAGCGAGAUCUAUCGGAUUCUGCCCGUGCGAAACGAGCUGCUGCUCGGUGUCCUGCACUGCGACCUCAUCGGUUUCCAUACCUACGACUACACGCGACAUUUCCUGAGCAGCUGCUCGCGAUUACUGGGUUUGACUACGACGCCCAAUGGUAUCGAAUUCCAAGGGAAGAUUAUCGCCUGCGGUGCUUUCCCGAUCGGUAUCGACCCGGAUAAGUUCAAGGAGGGUUUGAAGAAGGAAAAGGUGCAGAAGCGGAUUGCCAUGCUGGAACAGAAAUUCCAGGGGGUGAAGCUGAUGGUGGGUGUGGAUCGUCUGGAUUACAUCAAGGGUGUUCCGCAGAAACUCCAUGCUCUGGAGGUGUUUCUCAGUGAUCACCCGGAAUGGGUGGGCAAGGUGGUCCUCGUGCAGGUGGCUGUUCCUAGUCGUCAGGAUGUGGAGGAAUACCAGAACCUGAGAGCGGUGGUCAACGAACUCGUUGGCCGGAUCAACGGCAAGUUCGGCACGGUUGAGUUUAUGCCCAUCCACUUCCUCCACAAGUCCGUCAACUUCGACGAGCUGCUCGCGCUGUAUGCCGUGUCGGACGCCUGUAUUGUGUCGUCCACCAGAGACGGCAUGAACCUGGUGGCAUAUGAGUACAUUGCGUCGCAGCAGAAGAAGCACGGAGUCUUGGUUCUUUCGGAAUUUGCAGGAGCCGCCCAGAGUCUCAACGGCAGCAUCAUUGUCAAUCCUUGGAACACGGAAGAACUGGCCGGCGCCUACCAGGAGGCGGUCACGAUGAGUGACGAGCAGAAGGCGCUCAACUUCUCGAAACUCGACAAGUAUGUGUCGAAAUAUACCAGCGCUUUCUGGGGCCAGUCGUUCGUCGCUGAGUUGACUCGCAUUUCCGCGCAGGCGGAGAAGAAGUUUCACCUGAGAAAGGCGUCCGUAGCGCUGCCCGCAGGAUCCGAAUCGCAGGCGAAUGGAACCUCUGUGGCUCAAGACGCGUAGUGAAUUUGCAUGGUCUAGAAAAGGUACAAACUUCAAUGAAUACACGAGAACGGUGUUGGUAUGGUCGCGUACACGGCGUGGGUGGAGUUGUUCUACCGUUGGCUUUUCCUACCUUGUUCCGUCUCUACUCUACAGCUCCGACGUAAUAUCAUGACAUGUUUUUUUUUU